AAUAACCAAAAGUUAACAUGAGAAAUACUUUGAAAUCCCUCUUUAUGAUAGCAGUGAUGAUGCUUUACUCACAAUAUGGAUCAACUCAGCAGAUUCCAGAAAAACUUACUAAAGCACAUCAAAAUUUUAAAGACACUGAUUCUGAAUUGCUGAAUCAAGGUCCAACAGCAGUAGUUCCUGGAGUUGUUACGAAUCAAGAUAUAAAAUAUGAAUACGACAUGGAAUGGGCAAAUGUAUGGGAUGAAUCAGAGAUACUAAAUCAAAGAUUGCUUCAAGCUGUUGAAAAUCCAACUUCACCAGAGUCUGAUCCAGACACAGAAGAGCAAGUAGACCCGGCCACAUCUGAAGGAGAUGAAUCAAAGGAAGGAGGCAAGAGAAAUGUCUACUCAACAAUGGAAGGCCUGGUCUAUAGUUUUUGGUUCAUCUUCUUGUCUGAGAUUGGAGAUAAGACUUUCUUGUUCAUUGUUCUCUAUGCAACAAGGAUGAACGGAUUCAAGUUGUUGUUAAUUUCCUCUAUUGGACUGUGAGGCAUGCAUUGAAUCGGAACAGCAGUGGGAGGUGUUUUCCAAUUAUUCUUUACUCCAUUCUGGCUCAAACUCACCACUGUUAUUGCUUUCUUUAUUUUCGGAGUAGCCUUGCUCUACAUGGGAAUUACAGGCCAUGAAGAAGAAGCAGACUUUGAGCAUAAAAUGCAUGAAAUCGAACUUGAGAUGAUGAGCGAUGAAGGAAGAGGUCUGAAUAGAAGCAGCAGUCACAGUUCUAAAAGCGCAGACCCAGAGAAAGUAUCUUUAAGAAACUCUCAAAAUGAUGAAAUUGAAGAAGAAGAAUGCUACACAAUUGUAGAAGCUAAGAAAGAGAGUGUUUUCACAAAGAUUUACAAAGUAUUAGCUUUUAACCAAGCAAUGAAAAUUAUAUUAACCAUCUUUGUGACUGAGAUGGGAGAUAGAUCCCAAAUUUCAGCUAUAGGUCUUGCUGCUCAAUACCCAUUUUGGAUAGUAGCAUUAGCAGGAUCUAUUGGACAUAUCCUCGCACUUGCAUUAGCAAUAUUAUUUGGAAGAGCAAUUUCAGACUACUCAAGCGAAAAAUGCAUUAAUAUUAUUGGAGGAAUUAUGUUCUUGAUAUUCAGUGCUUACUCAAUAGUUAUCUAUUACAUCCUUGAGGAAGACUCAGAACUUUUAUAAAGGUUUUUAUUCAACACUAAUU